AUGAGCGAAGCUAUUUCAACCAAACUCAACCUCGACUUGAUUUCUGACCGCUUAUGCGUCGCGGAUUUCGGUUGUGCGAGUGGACCAAACACUUUCGUAGCAGUCCAAAACAUAAUAGAAGCAGUAGAAGACAAGUACCGCAACGAAACAGGACAAAACGCUGCGGAUAACAACGUCGAGUUCCAAGUCCUUUUCAACGACUCGACCACCAAUGAUUUCAACACUCUCUUCCAGACGCUUCCACCGGGGAGAAACUACUAUACCUCUGGUGUUCCUGGCUCUUUUUUCAACCGUGUUCUCCCUAAGCAUAGUUUCCACAUAGGAGUGUUCAAUUACUCAUUUCAUUUCACUUCAAGAAUCCCUAAUGGGAUCAUGGAGCGUGACUCUCCUUUGUGGAACAGAGACAUGCAUUGCACUGGCUUCAACGAAGCGGUCAAGAAAGCGUAUCUUGAUCAGUACUCGGCCGACACAAAUAAUGUGUUGGACGCUAGAGCUGAGGAGCUCGUCCCAGGAGGGUUGUUGUUUCUUUCUGGGUCUGGUUUAAGAGAUGGGGUUAAGAUGUCUGAGACCGUUAAAGGAAUUAUGAUGGAUUUCAUUGGAGCUUCUCUUAAUGAUCUUGCUCAACAUGGUGUCAUCAACCAAGACAAGGUGGACUCUUUCAAUAUCCCACUAUACUUUGCAGAAGAAAGUGAACUGAGGCAAAUCAUAGAGGAAAAUGGGAAGUUCACAAUCGAGGCUUUUGAGGAAAUCAUUCACGCAAAUGGGGAGUUUCCGUUAGACCCUAAGAUCUUGGCUGUCUCCUUUAGGUCUUUCUUUGGAGCUUUACUAUCAGCACAUUUUGGAGUGGAUACUAUGAGAAAAGUAUUUGAACUCGUGGAGGUCAAGGCACGAGAAGAGUUUUCUCGCAUCCAAAAUGCCAAACCAGGACUGCAAUACCUCAUCGUCCUUAGCAAGAAAUGA